AAAUGGUCAGAAGUGAAACCAGUAAAAUGAGCCACAUACAAUACCAAAGCUUUUUGUUUAUUCAUCUGGUUACAGUGACUGAUGCUAUUUUCACCGCUCAGUUUUUACAAGCUAGUCAACACGGAAAGAAAAAAUAUUCUGCAGCAACAAACAAUGUUUUGGUCAUAUUGUUUUUCACAGUCUGUCCAUGAUGUAUUUAAUCUCGCAUGUGACCUGUAAUGUUUUCAGAUCCGUAAGGAAGCGGACUAUCUGUUUAUGAUGGACGUCGACAGUGUCUUCCACAACCGUUUCGGAGCAGAGUCUCUCAGUCAGCUGUCUGCUGUGCUUCACCGAGGCUACUACAAGGUGACACGCACAGAGUUUCCGUAUGAGCGUCGACCUGAGUCAAAGGCUUACAUUCCUGCUGAUGAAGGAGACUUCUAUUACACUGCAGCUGUCUGGGGUGGAUACAUGGAGGACAUGUACAAGCUCGUCAAAUACUGUUACACUCAGUCAGAGGAGGAUGCCAAGAACAAGAUUGAAGCUGUGUGGCAGGAAGAGAGUCACCUGAACAAGUACCUGUUGUAUAACAAACCAACCAAGGUGCUAUCUCCAGAGUACCUGUGGUCGGACUAUGAUCAGGUACCAGCAGACAUAAAAGUCGUCAGGAUCUCCCAGGUGGUCAAAAACUACGCCGAAGUGCGACCCAAUGGUGGACAAUGACAUCAAGGCAAUGAUAUGCAGGACAUAAAACUAUUCUUAACAAAAGAUAAGAAGUACUGGGACGGCUGGUAUGGGUUGCUUUGUCUAUUUUGUAUUUUGUACACUCAGUGGUAUAAUUGAAAGAUUCAAAAAUAAAUAAAUAGGUAGAUUUUAAUAUUAUCCGCCACUGACGUGAUAAAUUUUGUGAGCAGAAUAUUAAUUCAGAACAAAAACAAAAAAAAAAAACUAAAAAAAAUAAAACUUAAAUGCACAGCCAUACGAAAAUGAUUCUGUUUAUUUGGCAGAUGUGUUCCUCAUACAGUCAGAAGGUAAAAUGAGCUGCUAGUAUCCAUAACAGUAACACAUGGGAAUAUAACGUGGAUUAAAUAUUCAGUAGAAAAUGACACUGUACAUUGUGUUGGAGAGUUCUUCACUUCUAACUCAGUUGUUGUUUUUCCACACUUGAAGUCAGGGUGUGUCAGCUCUGUAGCCUUCACUUCCUUGCUUUUCUAAGAUGUUCAAGUUAGUUCUUAUGUUGCCCCCUUGUGUUGUUUUGGUACCUGCACCCUCUGCUUUAUCUUUAUUCAUUUUUACUACUUUUACUUUUACUUAUACUUUUUAUCGCAUCAACAUUGACAUUUUAUUGUCAUUAAUUAACAUUUUUAUUAACAUUUUAUGAUGAAGGUGUUUUGUUAUCUGUUAAACAUUGUCAUGUGAUGACACAGAAUUCAAUGCUGAACAUUGUGUGUUUUAUGUUCAAGUAUUUACAUGUAUGCAACUAUUAGUGCAUGUAAUGGAAAAUGUGCGUUUAGUCAGGGAUGGGUUAAAUGCAGAAAAGAAUUUUGGUAUAUGAUGAACAAAUAAAGUUUGAAGUUGAUAAGCAGGCGAAGAGAU